AGUAAUAAGUAAUAACUAAAAAAAGGCUGCUGCACUUGUUUAAAACAAUUGGCUCCUCUUCGUCGGUUCCACCUACCAGCCUGAUCCGAGACAUUGAAGCGAGGGAGACAGACGGAGAGAUGAUACCGGCCGCCGCGACCGCUUCCUCGUCUUCCUCUCUGUGCUCGACGGCGAUCGCCGUCCCCCAAGGCCGAGGCCUCCGCCUAAGCAAACUCGCCUUCUUAUGCCCACCCAAAAGGGCUGCUUCCAGUUUCAGGAGGAACGUUUUAACUGCUGUGAGGGCGUCAGCACGGGUUGAUAAAUUCUCAAAAAGUGACAUAAUUGUCUCUCCUUCUAUACUCUCUGCUAACUUUGCGAAGCUGGGCGAGCAGGUAAAAGCAGUGGAAGUGGCAGGAUGUGACUGGAUUCAUGUUGAUGUGAUGGAUGGGAGAUUUGUGCCCAAUAUCACUAUUGGACCUCUUGUGGUGGCUGCCUUGCGCCCAGUAACUGAUCUACCAUUGGAUGUGCAUUUGAUGAUUGUGGAACCUGAGCAGCGAGUUCCAGAUUUUAUCAAGGCCGGUGCGGACAUUGUCAGUGUUCAUUGUGAGCAAUCUUCUACUAUCCAUCUGCAUCGGACGGUUAAUCAGAUUAAAGAUCUGGGAGCAAAAGCUGGAGUUGUUUUAAAUCCUGCAACCCCCUUAACUGCCAUAGAGUAUGUCCUUGAUGGUGUUCCAGGCUGCAGGCAUAGCAUAUGUGCACAGGCAGGUGCCAGGUAUGCUGGAUUUUCAUCCAAUGACAUUGGCAGUAGCUGCCUUUGUACCAGAUUGUUGAAGUCCCUGAAGGCUUUUCCACCUUAGAAUACAGACUCCUAAGGUGUCGUUGCAGCAUCACCUCAGUGGAUGAUAAGUAGACUACAUUACACAAAUCUGCCAUGUGGCGCUUCAAUAUAGGAGCUAGAUGAGACAUCUAGCUGUAAAUGGCAGUGAGGACUGCCAUUGCAGAGAAGAGAUAAAAAUCUAAGGUCUAAUGAUUUUAUGGGCUAUUUGGCUCGGUGAAGGAAGCAUAAUUAUCAGGAAAGAUCAUGCAGGUGCUGACGCAUGUUUGGAGAAAAGCAUGUGUAGAUUUUGAAUGAAAAUGGAUUCUUUAUGCACGUGCAUGUGCCCAAAUAUGCACGAGUGUGCCCGCACGCAUACAGAGAGAGUCAGAAAAGUCUUGCUACUAAUUUCUUUUCUUUGAACAUACACACAUACAUAAGCAUACAUUAUUCUUGAAUUUGUUACGUUUUCAUUUGUCAGUCUGCGUUUCCUUUAUUGGUGCAACAUCUAAAUGGAGUAUGAAGAUUGAGGUUUAGAGACCUUAGCCACUCUGAUUCCUUUUCCAUAAGACACUAUAUGAAGUUAGAAUAACUGUGAGUAAGCACUUCUUCCAUGGGAUGUUUGCACAAGUCUAUGUGAGGUUUAUGCUUCAGAUAUGUCUACCUGCACAUUCUACUCAAAUAGUCCACAUGCUUUAAUUUCUUUCUCAACCUUUCAUUCUUUUAAUUUGGUUCUGCAUAUCAAAUGUAAAGUCUAUGUUUUAUAGCCCUAGCUUUUUAGCUUAGUUUAUGAGUGGUGCCUCUAGAUGAAUCCAGAUCCCUUAUUUUUUACUUGCAUCAUCUUUCCUCUUUGUCUAGGCGCUUUCCAAGACUAGAUGGAUUUCGAAGGGUUGCUUAUUGGUUGCAUGAGAUUAAACUUUGAUCAAGUAUUAUCAGUCCCUAUACACUACCUUGCAUUCCAGGUUUCAUUGCAACCCUUCUGUUGUCUUGAACUGCCUGGGUUAUGAAUUAGGCACCAACUGUUGGGGCUUAACGUUGUGAUAACACUUAUGAUGAUAUACUUAAUUCUUUUGCGUAACCUUUUUGACCUGCGAGUUCUGUGCAUAACCAACUCUUUUUGAUGGAAAAAGACUUGGAUAUAAUGGUGAACUUUCUACCUUUUUAUUUAAAAUCAUUGUUUUUAAAUUGAUAUAUCUAGGUUAAUUGAAUAGUAUCCUAAUGAAA